AUGGCUCGCUUCGCAGACGAUCUGCCCACCCGCUAUGGAGGUCCACCGGGCGCUGGAAGAGGGGGAGCCCGACAGGGAGGUCCCCCAGGCGGCCAGAGGAUGUACAAGCAAUCGAUGGCCCAGAGGGCCAGGACAAUGGCUUUAUACAAUCCCAUUCCUGUCAAACAGAACAUCUUCACUGUCAACCGGUCCCUUUUUAUUUUUAGCGAAGAUAACAUCAUACGGAAAUAUGUUAAGAGAAUAACCGAAUGGCCUCCUUUUGAAUACAUGAUCCUCGCCACCAUCAUCGCAAACUGCAUCGUCCUGGCCCUGGAGCAGCACCUCCCUGCCAGCGACAAGACUCCACUGUCCGAACGUUUGGAGGACACAGAGCCGUACUUUAUUGGAAUAUUUUGUUUCGAGGCCGGCAUAAAGAUCAUCGCUCUGGGCUUUGCGUUCCACAAAGGCUCCUACCUCCGUAAUGGCUGGAACGUAAUGGACUUUGUGGUUGUCCUAACCGGGAUUUUGGCCACGGUGGGGUCGGACUUUGACCUACGGACCCUGAGGGCCGUGCGGGUGCUCAGACCACUCAAGCUGGUGUCGGGAAUACCCAGUCUACAGGUUGUGUUGAAGUCCAUAAUGAAGGCCAUGGUUCCUCUGCUCCAGAUAGGCCUCCUGCUCUUCUUUGCCAUCCUCAUGUUUGCCAUCAUCGGUGUAGAGUUCUACAUGGGCAAGUUCCACAAUACCUGCUUCAAACGUGACACGGGAGAGCUGUCUGCAGACUUCCCCUGUGGUCUGGAGGCCCCGGCACGCACCUGCUCCAACGACUCCGAGUGCAGGGAGUACUGGAUCGGCCCCAACUUCGGCAUCACCAACUUCGACAACAUCCUGUUCGCCGUGCUCACUGUCUUCCAGUGCAUCACCAUGGAGGGCUGGGUUGACAUCCUGUACGACGCUAACGAUGCUUCAGGCAACACCUGGAACUGGCUGUACUUCAUCCCCCUCAUCAUCAUCGGAUCCUUCUUCAUGCUCAACCUGGUCCUGGGGGUCUUAUCAGGGGAGUUUGCGAAGGAGAGGGAGCGGGUGGAGAAGAGGCAGGAGUUCCUGAAGCUGCGCCGGCAGCAGCAGAUUGAGAGGGAGCUGACCGGAUACCUGGAGUGGAUAUGCAAGGCAGAGGAAGUCCUGCUGGCCGAGGAGGACAAGAACGCAGAGGACAAGUCUCCGCUGGACGGUGCGUGGUACAAGAGGAAGCAGAACAACUCAGUCCUGAAAAGAGCCAAGAACAAAAAAGGCAAGAACGACCUGAUCAACGCGGAGGAGGGGGAGGAGCACUUCACGGACAUCUCCUCCGUGGUCCCAGACGGGUCUCCCUUCGCCCGCGCCAGCCUGAAGAACGACAGCUCCUCCUACUUCAGGCGGAAGGAGAAGAGGAUGCGGUUCUUCAUCCGCCGCAUGGUGAAGGCGCAGAGCUUCUACUGGUUCGUCCUGUUCCUGGUGGGCCUCAACACCAUGUGCGUGGCCAUGGUGCACUACGACCAGCCCGAGUGGCUCACCCACGCUCUGUACCUGGCAGAGUUUGUGUUCCUGGGCCUCUUCCUGUCGGAGAUGAGUCUGAAGAUGUACGGACUUGGAGGCCGGAACUACUUCCACUCCUCCUUCAACUGCUUUGAUUUUGGGGUGAUCGUGGGAAGCAUCUUCGAGGUGGUGUGGGCCGUGGUGAAGCCUGGGGCGUCGUUCGGGAUCAGUGUCCUGCGAGCCCUCCGUCUGCUCAGGAUAUUCAAGGUCACAAAGUACUGGAACUCUCUGAGGAACCUUGUGGUCUCUCUCCUCAACUCUAUGAAGUCCAUCAUCAGCUUGCUCUUCCUCCUCUUCCUCUUCAUCGUGGUGUUUGCCCUGCUGGGGAUGCAGCUGUUCGGAGGACAGUUUAACUUUGAAGAUGAGACUCCGACAACGAACUUCAAUAACUUUCCCGCUGCCAUACUCACGGUUUUCCAGAUUCUGACAGGCGAGGACUGGAAUGCAGUGAUGUAUCAUGGGAUUGAAUCUCAGGGAGGUGUGCAUCGCGGAAUGUUCUCCUCCAUUUACUUCAUCGUGCUCACCCUGUUCGGAAACUACACGCUCCUCAAUGUCUUUCUGGCCAUCGCCGUCGACAACCUGGCCAAUGCACAGGAGCUCACUAAGGAUGAGGAGGAACAGGAGGAAGCGGCCAAUAAAAAGCUUGCUCUCCAAAAGGCCAUGGAGGUGAAGGAGGUCAGCCCCAUGUCUGCGGCCAAUAUCUCCAUCGCAGCUUUUGUAAAGCAAAAUCGAGGUGCUCUGUCUCGCAGCUCUUCCGUCUCCAGCGUUAAUUCACCCAAGGAGCAGCAGCGGGCGCUGAAGCUGAUGUCGGUGUGGGAGCAGCGGACGACCCAGCUCCGCAGACACAACCUGCGCUCGAGCAGCGAGGCGCUGUACAACGAGCUGGAGCCGGAGGAGCGCCUGCGCGUCUCCUCCGCCAUGCACAUCCGCCCCGACAUGAACACCCACCUGGACCGCCCCCUGGUGGUGGAGGCCCGCGACGGCGACAGCAACGGCGGCAAGGAAGGGGCCGAGCGAGGCCCCUCGGGGGAGGGGGAGGGGGGCGAGGGGGCCGCGCCCCCGCCCUCGCACCCCCGGAAGCACCACAGGCACCGGGACAGGUCCGCCAACGAAACCGCCGGCAACGGGGAGGCGGGCGAAGGCAGAGACCCCGGGGGCCACACCCACCACAGCCGGAGCAAGGAGCACAACGGCUCCCGGGGCAGGGAGGGGGGCCGGCGGCACCACCACCAGGGUGUGACGGACGAGGGCGGAGGGGGCGGGGAGAGGGAGCACCGCCGUCACCACGGCCACCACCAGUCCAAAGAGGGCAACGGCACCGCCGGCAACGGGGCCAAGGGCGAGCGCAAGGGCCGGCACCGGGAGGGCCCGCGCUCGGCCAAUCGGGAGGCGGACGGGCGGGACAGCGAGGGCAACGGCGAGCGGAGGAGGCACAGGCCACGCGGAGCCCGGGCCCGCUCCACCAUGGACGGGGAGGAGUGUCGGGAGGGAGAGGAGAGAGAGGGCGGCAAGGCACACGGACACAGGCACACGGACGCGGAGGGGUGCAGCCCUGCCAUUAGCCCCCCCCUGCCCCUCGGGGGGCAGCUCUUGGCCUGGGACAAGCAGGAGGACUCGGACAACCAGAAGAACCUCUCGCUGACGGGCCAGGCGGGGCUCGGUACCAACGCGGUCCACAUCCCCGUCACCGUCACCUCCCCACCCGGAGACGCCACCAUACCCAUGAACAACAUCGAUGGUGACUCACUCCCGGUGAACGAGGAGAAGAAGAACCUGGAGGACCAGGCUAAGAACGGGCCUCGGCAGAUCCUGCCGUACAGCUCCAUGUUUGUGUUUAGCCAGGCCAACCCGGUGCGCCGCCUCUGUCACUACGUGGUGAACCUGCGCUACUUUGAGAUGUGCAUCCUGCUGGUCAUCACCAUGAGCAGCAUCGCGCUGGCCGCUGAGGACCCGGUCCAGGCCAACGCACCCCGCAACAACGUGCUCAAGUACCUUGAUUAUGUCUUCACGGGCGUGUUCACCUUUGAGAUGGUGAUUAAGAUGAUUGACCUGGGCCUGUUGCUCCACCCUGGCUCCUACUUCCGAGAUCUGUGGAACAUUCUUGACUUCAUCGUGGUCAGUGGUGCUCUGGUGGCAUUCGCAUUUUCGAGCUUUAUGGGAUCGCAACAAAGCCUGACCAGGGGGACCAAAGGAAAGGACAUCAACACCAUUAAAUCCCUCAGGGUGCUGCGUGUGCUGCGGCCUCUCAAGACCAUCAAGCGCCUGCCCAAACUCAAGGCCGUGUUUGACUGUGUGGUGAACUCCCUGAAGAACGUGCUCAACAUCCUCAUCGUCUACAUCCUCUUCAUGUUCAUCUUCGCCGUCAUCGCCGUGCAGCUCUUCAAGGGGAAGUUCUUCUACUGCACCGACGAGUCCAAAGGGCUGCAGAAAGACUGCAGGGGACAGUUCCUGAACUACAAUAAGGAUGGCGUGACCGCUCAGCCACGCGAGUGGAAGAAGUACGACUUCCACUACGACAACGUGCUGUGGGCCUUCCUCACCCUCUUCACAGUGUCCACCGGGGAGGGCUGGCCCCUGGUCCUCAAGCACUCGGUGGACGCCACCUACGAGGACCAGGGCCCCAGCCCCGGGUUCCGCAUGGAGACGUCCAUCUUCUACGUGGUCUACUUCGUGGUCUUCCCCUUCUUCUUCGUCAACAUCUUCGUGGCCUUGAUCAUCAUCACGUUCCAGGAGCAGGGGGACAAAGCCAUGUCUGAGUGCAGCCUGGAGAAGAACGAGAGGGCGUGCAUCGACUUCGCCAUAAACGCCAAGCCUCUGACGCGCUACAUGCCGCAGAACAAGCAGUCCUUCCAGUACAAGAUGUGGAAGAUUGUGGUGUCACCGCCCUUCGAGUACUCCAUUAUGACCAUGAUUGCCCUCAACACCAUCGUCCUCAUGAUGAAGUUCUACGAUGCGCCUGUCGUCUAUGCAAACAUGCUCAAGUACCUGAACAUUGUGUUCACGGCCCUCUUCUCUCUGGAGUGCAUCUUCAAGCUCAUCGCCUUUGGACCUCUGAACUACAUGAAAGAAGCCUGGAACAUCUUUGACUUUGUAACCGUGCUGGGCAGCAUAACGGACAUCCUGGUGACAGAGAUUAUUGACAAGCUGAUCAACCUGAGUUUCCUGAGGCUGUUCCGGGCGGCUCGUCUCAUCAAACUGCUGCGGCAGGGCUACACCAUCCGCAUCCUGCUCUGGACCUUCGUCCAGUCCUUCAAGGCCCUUCCAUAUGUCUGCCUCCUAAUCGCCAUGCUGUUCUUCAUCUACGCCAUCAUCGGCAUGCAGGUGUUCGGGAACAUCGAACUCAACGAAGACACGUCCAUAAAUCACCACAACAACUUCCGCACCUUCUUGCAAGCCCUCAUGCUCCUCUUCAGGAGCGCGACGGGCGAGGCGUGGCACGAGAUCAUGCUGGCGUGUCUGAGCCAACGCUCCUGUGAUGAGCGCUCGGGCUCCGUGGGGAGGGAGUGCGGCAGCGACUUCGCCUACUUCUACUUCGUCUCCUUCAUCUUCCUCUGCUCUUUCCUGAUGCUGAAUCUGUUUGUUGCCGUCAUCAUGGAUAACUUUGAGUACCUGACCCGGGACUCCUCCAUACUGGGGCCUCACCACCUGGACGAAUUCAUCCGCGUCUGGGCAGAGUACGACCCAGCCGCUUGUUGGCGGAUUUCCUAUAAGGAUAUGUACAAACUGUUGCGUGUAAUAUCGCCCCCACUUGGCUUAGGGAAGAACUGCCCGAACAGGGUGGCAUACAAGCGGUUGGUCAGGAUGAACAUGCCCAUCGCUGAAGACAGCACAGUGCACUUCACCUCCACGCUAAUGGCUCUGAUCCGCACGGCGCUCGACAUCAAACUGGCCUCUGGGGUUCUGGCACAGAGACUGUGUGAUGCUGAUCUGAGGAGGGAGCUUGGGAACGUGUGGCCCAACCUGUCCCCCAAAACCGUGGACCUCAUGGUGACCCCACACAAGCACAACGAGCUGACGGUGGGGAAGGUAUACGCGGCGCUGAUGAUCUAUGAUUACUACAAGGAGAACCGUGCCAAGAGACUUCAGCAGCAGUCUGCGGGCGGGCCCCAGGGUAAAAUGGGCGCUCUCUUCAGGCCAAUGCUGCCGUUGACUCACGUUCAGGAACAGCCGACUCCUGGCAACGCCAUGUCACCGCCCGCCCAACCCCAACCUGAGUCCCUGUCUGUGUCCCAGCCAGAGGUCCCGCUCACCACAACCUCUCUGACCAAUGGGGAGGCAGUACAAGACCAGGAUGGUACCAUCACAGAAUCUCCUUCCAGGGUCAUGGAGAGGUCUCAGGAGGAGCAGCGGCCGAGGAGGAAGCGCGUACAAAGGGGCCAGUCAGAGGAGAUCCCCCACACACCCAGAGCCAAGGAAUCUGUGGAGAUGAUGCAGAUGGAUCAGGACAGUGAUGCUGGGAUCCACCCGGCUCUGGAGAGCCAGGGCAGAGCGGCCUCCAUGCCCAGACUGAACGUAGAGUCGCAGCCCAUCCUCGACACCAGCCCCAUGAAGCGCUCGGUGUCAACCCUGUCCCCGGCCUCUCAGCGCCCCCAGGAGGUCGACCUGCGUGACUACAUGCUGGAGCGGCCGGCUCAGGACAAGCCGCACCACCACCACCACCACCACCGCUGCCACCGGCGCAGGGAGCGCGAGAAGAGGCAGAGGUCCCUGGACCAGCCCUCCAGUGGGCCGCCAUCCAGUGCCGCAGGCACGCCAGGGGACCCGCCACUGGAGGGCGGGGCUCACGAUCGCAGCCGCUCCCACGACAGGAAGCAGCCCUCCGCCGCCGCGGCCAGGAAGCAGCGCUACUACUCCUGCGAUCGCUACGGCAACCGCGAGCCCUACCUCCCCCCGCCCACCUCCUCCAGCUGUGCCGUCUCUCCCACCGACGGCCCGGAGCCCAUGUUCAGCAAGGCUGGCGGUUUGGCCAAAGGGAGCCCGGGAACGCUCCCCUCUGGGACCAGCACCACCUCCCGAGGGCGCCGACAGCUGCCCCAGACCCCCCUCACACCCCGCCCCGGGGUGGUAUACAGGACCGCCAACUCAUCCCCCGUGCCCCUGCCCGGCGGGAGGGGGGCCGGCAGGCUGUGCCGGGGGCUGUCGGAGCACGACUCCCUGCUCUGGGGCGAGGCGGCCUCCCCCAUCCCCGUCACCCGGAUCGGCUCCGACCCCAGCCUGGCCCCGCACGCCCAGGACACCGAGCUGUUCCAGGACGCGCUGAGCUCCCAGGCCGGACGCUCGGCUCCCCGGACUGCUGCCCCACCGCCGGCCGCGCCCACGCCCGCCCCCCCGCAGGGCCGAGCGGUGCCCAACGGGUAUCACUUCACCCUGGGGCUGAGCGGGGGCCCCGGAUCCAGCACUGCAGGGCCCCCCUGCCCCAGAGAGGCUGGGGACGAUGAGUGGUGCUAG